GAAUGUGCUCAAUGAUGUCUGGGUUUCUGUGGUUGUAGUUUAGUAUUGUUCUUCUAAAUUCUAUUGUUUUUUGUGGCAUAUUUGCAUAUGCAAAUCAUGUAAAUGUCAGAGGAAUGACUGCACCUGCAAAGGAUCUUGGGAUGUUGAUCUAUAUGAAAACAAUUGUAAUUUAGGGACUGAUGAGCAAUCUAUGUUAGAUCUCAAAAAUCUAAGAAAUGGGGUGUUGGGAAUCACAGGCUGUGAGGGAGAGAGAGAUAUUCCUUUGUGCCAAAAACAACUUGUGGCUGUGAAGCCUCAACAGUUGCCACACUCCGUCAAAGGCCUUCUUCUGUCAACUCUCUCGUCAGGUCUUGCAUCCAAUUUGCUCGAAAGAAAUCUUUAGAUCCAAUACUCUCCCACCCUUCGCCAUUCCCACUCAGGAUCCUUCCCUGCCUCUGCUCCCCAAAGGCCCAUGUGCCGCCCAGAACCCAAGAGUUGAGCUCGGUGAGACAACUACACAGGUCAUUUGCAAGGCUUCAGCUACUGCAGACUUGGAUCAGGCUUCAGACCUGACAACUUCACCCUCAGACAGGGACCCUGGAAGCCAGAGCUACCCCCAUGGCCAAGCUCACAGCCCAGGGGAGUCUCAGGCUGACCUUGUGCGGAGACAGAGCCUCCUUCUGGUGUGAACCACGAGACCAGGUUCGCUGCAGGAUUGGUGGUGGGAAGAGGCCACUUGAUAGCCCAGUUGGGAUCCAUAGGAGUAGCAGCGGCUUCACGUCUCCUGAUGCUGGUAGGGUUUGGGCUGUGGGUAAGAAGUCAAAAAGCUUUAAGCCUGAUGAGUUUGAGAGUGGGGAGGGUAAAGAGGUGGAGUAUGAGGAAGAGGAAGAGGAGAAUGAGUUGCAGAGGGAUGAGUUGUCAUGCUUCAGAGGUUUGGUGUUGGAUGUCUCCUACAGGCCCGUAAAUGUUGUCUGCUGGAAGCGUGCCAUCUGUCUGGAAUUUAUGGAGAAGGCUGAUGUUCUGGAAUACUAUGACCAGACGGUGUCUUCGGCGCAAGGAUCCUUCUACAUACCAGCAGUCUUGCAGAUUCCACAUUUGCUGCAAGUUGUCAAGAGGAGAAGGAUCAAACAAAACCUUAGUCGCAGAAACAUAUUUUAUAGGGAUUCUUUUACUUGUCAAUAUUGCUCUUCUCGAGAUGACUUGACGGUUGACCAUGUGGUACCAAUUUCACGAGGUGGUGAAUGGAUGUGGGAAAAUCUGGUCACCGCAUGUGCAAGAUGUAACUCCAGGAAGGGACAGAAGACCUUAGAAGAAGCAAACAUGAAACUGAUUAAAAUUCCCAAGGUUCCUAAAGACUAUGACAUACUUGCCAUUCCCUUGACAUCAGCUGCUGUCAAGAUGCUGAAGAUGAGGAAAGGGGUGCCUGAAGAGUGGCUUCAGUACCUCUCCAAGCCAAGUCCAUAGUCAUGCUUGCCAUCAGUGACCCACACAGCCUCAUUGGCUUCCUUCAAGUCCUCUGCACAGAAUCCCAGCUCGACAUGUAUUAUUAUUAUGAGCACAAAAUUGGCAACUCAUGUACAUAACAAUACCACAGAUAUAUAUAACAAUCUCUUCUUCACUCA